UAUUCUUGUAUUUCAGGCUGGCAAUAUCAGCAGUCAUCACCAACUGUACAGUGCCUUGUGGAAAGAGCUCUAACUCAGAUAACAAAGCUAGAAAGGAAGGAGCUAGGAUUGGUUGGUGCAAGUAGGACAGACACUGGAGUUCAUGCCUGGGGUCAGGUGGCACACUUUGUAACUCCUUUCAACUAUAACAGUUUGGAGAGCAUUCAUGCAGCGCUUAAUGGUCUUCUUCCUUUUGAUAUCCGAGUUAGAGAGAUUAGUCCAGCACUACCUGAUUUCCAUGCUCGAUUUUCGGCGAAGAGUAAGGUCUAUCACUAUAAGAUAUAUAAUGACACCAUUAUGGACCCAUUCCAGAGAUUCUAUGCAUAUCAUAGUACUUAUAGACUGAACACCAUUGUCAUGAGGGAGGCUGCGAAGUAUUUCAUUGGAAAGCAUGACUUCUCUGCUUUCGCUAAUGCAUCGCGCAAUGAUCGAUUGCCAGAUCCUGUGAAGCAAAUUUUCCGUUUUGAUGUUGUUGAAAAGGGAGCUCUUUUGCAACUUGAGGUUGAAGGCUCUGGUUUCUUAUAUAGACAAGUGCGGAACAUGGUUGCUUUGCUGCUUCAAAUUGGAAAGGAGGCAGUUCCUCCUGAUAUUGUCCCGAAAAUUUUGGUUACUAGAGAUCGGAAAGAACUUGCAAAUUAUACCUUUUCUGCCCCUCCACAGGGACUCUGCCUUAUAUCUGUCAAGUAUAAUGAAGAGGUCCUACAGCCUCCCCCUGGUUGCCCUGUGACCAGCUUUGGCAGGAAUCAUUGUGCAAGUAAAUGCAAACUUCCAUUCUUUUGAAAAACUUAAAGGAUGUGGUUGUAACUGUCCAAAUCUUAAGAAGUGAAAUAUGUGCAAUUACAAAUAUAAAAAUUCAAAAUUGAUUCAUUAGGUUCUUGUCUUCCUCAUAUUUGGAAUAGCAUAA